GUUUUGGUUCAUGUGUGAAAACAACACUUUUGGAUAGCUAGAGACUUCGUCAACGUUCGCCGUAAUUUCGUCGCGUUUUCAGUUCAUCUGAAAAGAAAAUGGUGUUGAGCAGUUGAUUUUAAAGUUCACCAACACCAUGGAAAACAACAGUGGGUCACCAAUAGCCAUGAAUUCAUGGCCGAACGGGGACCUUACAACCACAACCCCAAAGAAAACUCGUAAGAGCUGGUUCACUGCCACUCCCCACAAAGCCACGCCCAAAAAUGAUGCCACAAUUGAGGAGGACCUGCCCUUGCUGAGGCUGACGCACUUCACCAAGAAGGUGAUGGUGUGCUUUGACGAUGUGAGGACAGGGACAUCUCGAACCAGAGAGUUGCUGGUGGAGAAUCCAUGUGACUUCCCCCAGGAACUCUGUCUAGAGAAGUUCCCCCGUGCUAAGGGAUUUUCCGUCCCAGCAGAGAGAUGGGAGCUGGAUGAAUGUGAGAGUAUGAGGUUACCGUUCACAUGGACGCCCACCGACGAGGGUAACAUGAGAGAGCUGGUCACAUUCAAGUGUGAGGGUGCGUUCAGAUUGCAGGUGAUAUUGUUGGGAACAGCAACUGAUCCACCAAAGAGGGGAGCUGCUAGGAGGGGAACCUUCUCCGUCUACCGCAAAGUUCCCUUGAAGACCACUCAGCCCAGGACAGACCUCAAACCAGCAAGGCCAACUAUGGUCAUCAAACCUAGGGCUCAACAAAAACCCAAGAUGCUUCGGGCUUCUAUUGGCCGGGCAAGUAAGGACAAUAGAGAGAAUCAAGCUCCGGGUACAAGGCGCUCUGCUGGCACCCGCAAAUCUCUGGCUAGGCAAGUGCUCCACCCUGUGAUGGACCCUGAGCCGUGCAUCGUUCUUAGCACGCCCAGUCCAUCAGGGAGCCCAGGCGAGCUGAGCCCGGGUUUCACUGCUCUUGAUAGUUCACUGGCGGAGAUUAACGGUGACGGGAUGCCAAUGACAGCUGAGGAUCUCCUGCUGGAGAAUGUGAAGAGGCAGACGCUGUCAGUGUGCAGAGGCAUGUCUCCGCUGCUGCAGGCCAAACCCUUUGCCUUGCCCAAGCCUGCACUGUUCAAAAUGCCAGUCGAGGAAAAGCCUGAAGACCAGUCUUCAUUCUUGAUGAUGUCCGACUUUGAAGAUCUGAGUAUCGGCCCAAAACGUCUAUCCAUAGAGGCGACGACCACUGUCACUAAAAACAAGGCCCCCGACGCUGAGGUGUCAUCAAAACGGGUCAGCUUGCGCAAGAUGCUCUUUUCAACAGCAGCGGGAGAGGAUGCAGACAAUAGCCCUAGGAGCAGCAGCUCUUCACAAGAGUUUGAAGACAGUCUGAACGAGCCAAAUAUCUGCGUUUUCACUCGCCAUGACAACAUCACUGUGGGUCCGACUGUUGAGAAACCAGAAGAGGAGCCAUCUCUUUCUGUUGACAUUCAAAGCGAGCAAUGUCUUGAUUCUUUUGCCGAUGGCUGUCAAUCUGAGCCCAAAGUUGUAGAUGUUGAGGAGCCAUUCCUUCUCAAUGGUGAGACACCCCUGUCUGUUGAAGAGCUCUCAUCAGAGCCAACCCUCCCUCUUGAAGAGCUUGAAGUGACAACCCUCACUAUUGAAGAGCCACCCCUCUCUACUGACAAACCAAUCAUGAAAGAGGAUUUAGUUUUCAUUGGAGACAACUCCACCCAACUGGAUGAAGACGCUUUCAAGGUCCACACCAGUAUUGUCACCUCACGCCUGCUAGGUAGAAAGCGUCUCUCGGACCCAACAGAUGAGGCCCCGCGCCAGGUCAAAAAACUUCGGCCACAAGAAGUGAAGAAAGCAGAAGUGAAGAAGCAGCCUCCAAGGGAGAGACCCAUGAACAGAACCCUGGCCCUGAGGAAAGCGGCUGCUAGCAAGAAGACUGGUGCGCCGUCGGCGACUGGUAAUUCCAAAGCUCAGAAGAAGGUCGGAGGUCAAUACAAGCCCAAAGGUCCCAUGAAAGGUGUACCCAUGGCAAAGCUGAAUCUACUGAACUCAAAUAGAACAGCUAUACCGAGACACCCGAUGCCAUUCGCAGCCAAGAACAUGUUUUAUGACGAGCGCUGGAUGGAGAAGCAGGAGCGAGGCUUCACUCGUUGGUUGAACUACGUCCUGACUCCUGAUGACUGCCCAACGGAUCCAAGCUGCAAGGCUACUAAAAUUGAUGCAGGCACUCUGUGCGUAGAAUCGUCAUCCAGUAAAGCCAGCAUUAUACCAGCCCCGUCCAAGGAGGAUUUAUCCCUCCGUGCCUACACGGCCAGACGUAAGCUGAACCGACUUCGCCGUGGGGCCUGCAUGCUCUUCCAGAGCGAGCCCAUAGUACGCGUCCUUCAGAAGCUGGAGGCAGAGAUUGAGAAGGGGCGACUGUCGGUCAGGAUGGAUCGGAAGUUGCACGCUGACUACGGUAUUAAACAGAAGCUCCUAGACCUGUUCUUAUCGUUCAAUCCCCUCUGGCUACGAGUUGGCCUGGAGACUGUCUAUGGUGAGAUUCUACCAAUACAGAGUAAUACGGACGUCGUGGGCCUUUCUCGUUUUAUCAUCACCCGUCUACUUGGCAACCCUGACAUAGCUGCCCAGUUCGCCCACCCUACUGUUCCUCAUCUGUUUGGACCAGGUUACGAGGAAGCCUUAUCUCAGUUCACCCUCAAGAAGUUCCUGGUCUUGGUCUUCUUUUUGGACCGGGCCAAGCUGACAAGACUGAUAGACCACGACCCUUGCCUCUUCUGUAAAGACUCAGAAUUCAAGUCAAGCCGUGACAUCCUGCUCCACUUCUCCCGGGAGUACCUCAAAGGGGAGGGUGACCUGACCAGACAUCUCAGCUUCAUGGGUUACAACGUCACUCACCAACAGACUGCGCUAGACGAGUUUGACUUCUCCGUUACCAAACUGGCCACUGAUCUCAGAUGUGGAGUCAGACUCGCGCGCGUGGUAGAGUUGCUGAUUCAUAACUGGUCGCUAUCCUCCCAGCUUCGUUGUCCAGCCAUCAGUCGCCUCCAGAAGAUUCACAAUGUGGAGAUAACACUCAAAGCAAUGAACAUAGAGGGAGGUGGUGUGGAUGCUCGUGUCAUCGUUGACGGCCAUCGAGAGAAGACACUAGAGCUGUUAUGGAGAGUUAUCUUCAAGUAUCAGAUUGGCCUCCUCCUAAACGAACAGCAGCUCAAAGAGGAGAUCACCUUCCUACGUAAGAACCUACGUCUUCAGAAGCAUCUUAGCGCCCUCUCAAGGCUCUCCUUGACCAACACCCUGAUGAGGUCAUCCCUGAUGGAUGGGAGACGAGACUCCAACGAGCCCAAUGUCUACUUCAAGAGUGGUCGGCUGAGUCUACUGCUCAAGUGGUGUCAGGUGGUCUGCUCUUUCUACGACCUCAAGGUUGAGAAUUUCACUGUUGCCUUCUCAGACGGUCGGGCCCUUUGCUACCUGGUCCACCACUACCACCCAUCACUCCUGCCGCUAGAGUUAAUACGUCAGGACACCACUCAGACACAGUAUCAGAGACGUGAUGAUGCACUGGACAGUGAGAAUGACGAUAGCUUUGAUGGGACUUGGUCCAGUGUCUACAGCCCCAGUACUGGCAAGCCAGGAGAGCAUGAUCAGCUACUAAGCAAUGAGAGAGAAAACUUCAAGCUGCUCUACAAUCGUGUGUCUGAACUAGGCGGAGUACCCGGAGUGGUGAAAUCUGCAGAGAUGUCCAACACCAUCCCUGAUGAAAAGGUUGUCAUCACUUAUGUGUCUUAUUUAUGCGCAAGACUUUUGGAUCUCCGCACAGAGGCUAGAGCAGCUCGCACUAUACAGAUGGUGUAUCGAGCCUACAGACUACGUCAGUUACGCAAACAUAAACAGGCACAACAUGCUGCAGCCGUGACAAUCCAACAGGCAGCACGCUCAUUCCUUACAAGACGACGUCACCAGCAUUUACUGAGUGCAGUCAUCACACUGCAAGGGUUUAGACGUCAGGUGCUAGCCUGUCGAGAAGUGCAGCGACUGAGACAAGCCAAGAUGGAGCAGGAGAGAAAUGAAGCUGCCACCUCAUUACAGUCGUAUGUUCGAGGUUUCUUGGCUAGAAGGCUCUAUCAGAAAACCUUGAAAGCUAUCGUCAUUCAAUCUGCUGUGCGCUGCUUCAUUGCUCGCAGACUCUACCUUCAGAAGCGACAGGCCGUGAUUACUGUGCAAGCUGCAGUCAGAUGCCACAGGGAGAGAUGCAACUUUAUCCAAUUGCGCCAAGCUGCUGUCGCAGUGCAGCUGCAGUUCAGAGCCAACCGUGCUGGCCAUAAACAGCGUAUGGAGUUCAUCCAUCAGCGUGAUGCUUGCGUCACUCUUCAGUCCGCCUUUAGAGGUUUCUCCUGCAGACGUCUGUACUUGGAGAAACGUUCUUCCGCCAUAGUAAUCCAGACUCAAUUCCGAGCACACCUAGCGCGUAAAAGGUAUCUUCAGAUUCAGGCUGCUACCCUUGAAAUCCAAAGAUACUGGAGGUCCAUUGUGUACUCUAGAGCCAUCCGAGAAGAAUUCUUGAAGCUUCGAGAAGCCGCCAUUACCCUUCAGUCAUAUUACAGAGGUUUGAUUGCCAGACGCCGAGCUGGAUACCUUCAAAGUGUUGUAAAAGCACAGGCCCUUGUACGAUGCUUCAUCCAUCGCAGAGUUUUUCUACAUCAGAAAAGAGCCUGCACUGUCAUUCAGGCUUGUUAUCGUGGAUAUACCGCAAAGAAAACUUACAAGGCUCUUAGAAGUUCUGUCUUGGUCUUGCAGCAGCAUUUCCGUGCCAGACAGAAAGGCAGUCGACAGCUGAGGGAGUACAACAUUAAGAGAGGAGCCAUCAUCACACUCCAGGCAUGGAGGAGGGGAGUUCUAGUCCGUAGACAACUUGCUCAGCAGGUUCAGGCCGCAGUGAGCAUCCAGUCAGUCUGGAAGAUGCACAGGGAACAGAAGUCCUACAAGACCCUGAGAAGUUCCGUAUUGGUCUUGCAGCAGCAGUACCGUGCCAGACAGAAAGGCAGUCGGCAGCUGAGGGAGUACAACAUUAAGAGAGGAGCCAUCAUCACAGUCCAGGCAUGGAGGAGGGGAGUUCUAGUCCGUAGAAAACUUGCUCAGCAGGUUCAGGCCGCAGUGAGCAUCCAGUCAGUCUGGAAGAUGCACAGGGAACAGAAGUCCUACAAGACCCUGAGAAGUACCGUAUUGGUCUUGCAGCAGCAGUACCGUGCCAGACAGAAAGGCAGUCGGCAGCUGAGGGAGUACAACAUUAAGAGAGGAGCCAUCAUCACAGUCCAGGCAUGGAGGAGGGGAGUUCUCGUUCGUAGACAACUUGCUCAGCAGGUUCAGGCCGCAGUGAGCAUCCAGUCAGUCUGGAAGAUGCACAGAGAACAGAAACACUACUUGGCCAUCAGAGCAGCUACUCUUAGUCUACAGAGACACACAAGGGCUUAUCUGGUUGGAAAGGCUACUCGUAAUGAGUUUUUGAAGUUCAGAUCGACCAUUGUGUUAAUACAGUCUCAUUGUCGUGCAGCAUUCGCCAGACGGAGAUACACUCAACUGAGACAAUCUUGUAUUGGGAUUCAGUCUUACAUUCGCAUGUACAUCUUGAGGAAGCGGUAUUUGACUAUCCAAGGAGCUGCGUUGGUUAUGCAGAGAAGAUUCAGAGCUAAGCAGAGUGGAGAUCGUCAGAUGAAAGAGUACCAUCACCAACGAAAUGGCAUCAUCACUCUUCAAGCUCUGUUCAGAGGUUUUUCGGUGCGGAGGCAGAUGGCCGCAAAGCACAGGGCUGCCGUCCAGAUUCAGACAUCAUACAAGGCAUACAGGGACAGACACAGUUACAACACGUUGCGAGAGGCAACUCUCUGUCUACAGAAGUAUACCAGGGCUUAUCUUUUGGGAAAACACACAGUCAAGGAGUAUGUGAGCCUGAAAAGCUCUGCUGUCAUCAUCCAGUCAGCAUAUCGUGGUUUGGUGGCAAGACGUAGCUUCUUGAACCAAAAGCAGGCUGCCAUCAAAAUCCAGUCUGCUGUACGCAUGUACCAAGUGCGAAGCAACUUCACCAACCUCAAACAAGCUGCUGUGAUAAUCCAGAUCAGGUAUCGUGCCCAGAGGCAGGCACAGGCUGAGUGUCUCAGGUAUCAGAUCUACCGUGGUGCUUGCAUCACAAUGCAGGCUUGGGUACGUGGUUUCCUUGUACGCCAAGAGAUGACCAAGUUACACAAAGCUGCCACUCAAAUCCAGAAGACUUACCGAGCCUUUUCUGCUAGCCUGAAGUACAACAAACUAAGACAUGCUGCAGUUAUUCUUCAGAGUCAUUGGAGGGCUACCAAACUGUCUCAACAAGUUCAUCAAGACUUCAUCAAUCUGAAGGAAGCUACCGUGGUCUUACAGUCUGCUUUCCGAGGUAGAGUUGGGCGACGUGUGGCAUUAGAGCAUCGCUCUGCAAGGAUUAUUCAGUCAUACUACAGAAUGCACGUUAUGAAGCAGCUAUACCAAAACCAGAGACAAGCAGCAAUCGAGAUUCAGUCUCUAGUACGUAUGCAUCAGGCUCACAGCAACUACACAAAGCUGAGACAGGCUGCUGCUACCUUUCAGAUCAGGUAUCGAGCCAAGAAGCAGGCACAGGCUGAGUGUCUCAAGUAUCAGAUCUACCGUGGUGCUUGCAUCACUGUGCAGGCUUGGGUACGUGGGUUCUUAGUACGCCAAGAGAUGAGCAAAUUACACAAAGCUGCCACUCAAAUCCAGAAGACUUACCGAGCCUUCUCUGCUAGCCUUAAGUACAACAAGAUAAGAGACGCUGCAGUAAUUCUUCAGAGUCAUUGGAGGGCUAUCAAACUGUCUCAACAAGUUCAUCAAGACUACAUCAAUUUGAAGGAAGCUGCCGUAGUCUUCCAGUCUGCUUUCCGAGGUAAAGUUGGGCGUCAAGUGGCUAUGGAGCAUCGCUCUGCAAGGAUUAUUCAGUCAUACUACAGAAUGCACGUUAUGAAGCACCUAUACCAAAACCAGAGGCAAGCAGCAAUCAAGAUUCAGUCUCUAGUACGUAUGCAUCAGGCUCACAGCAACUACACAAAGCUGAGACAGGCUGCUGCUACCUUUCAGAUCAGGUAUCGAGCCCAGAAGCAGGCACAGGCUGAGUGUCUCAAGUAUCAGAUCUACCGUGGUGCUUGCAUCACUGUGCAGGCUUGGGUACGUGGGUUCUUAGUACGCCAAGAGAUGAGCAAAUUACACAAAGCUGCCACUCAAAUCCAGAAGACUUACCGAGCCUUUUCUGCUAGCCUGAAGUACAACAAGCUAAGAGAUGCUGCAGUUAUUCUUCAGAGUCAUUGGAGGGCUACUAAACAUUAUCAACAAGUUCAUCAAGACUUCAUCAAUUUGAAGGAAGCUGCCGUAGUCUUACAGUCAGCCUUCCGAGGUAGAGUUGGGCGGCGUGUGGCAUUAGAGCAUCGCUCUGCUAGGAUUAUUCAGUCAUACUACAGAAUGCACGUCAUGAAGCAGCUAUACCAAAACCAGAGGCAAGCAGCAAUCAAGAUUCAGUCGCUUGUGCGUAUGCUCCAAACCCACAACAAGUACAUUGAGCUCUACAUGGCUUCAAUUACAAUCCAGAGAAGGUACAGGGCAACAAGACUUGCACAGAAGUCUCAAACAGAAUAUCAUGUCUACCGGUGUGCUUGCAUCACAGUCCAAGCAUGCGUGAAGGGUUUCCUUGUCCGCCGGCAAAUCCAGAAACUACACGCUGCUGCCACUCGAAUCCAGUGCAACUACAAGUCACAUUAUACCCAUGUUCGGUUCUUAAAAACUAAAGGGGCUGCCUGCGUAAUACAGAAGUACUGGAGAGCCACAAGACUGGCUACUGCUCAACACCUCAAGUAUACUUCCUUGAAGAUGGCUGCUAUUGUCUUGCAGUCUGUCUACAGGGGAACUGUCGCCCGCCGAAUUGUGAGAGAACAUCGGUCUGCACGGCUCAUCCAAUCUGUGUACAGAAUGCAUGUGGCGACUCAGGAGUACGCCAAGCUCAAGGAAGCAACUGUUCUUAUCCAGUCACUGUGUCGAAUGUACAUGGCUCGCAAACAGUAUCUCCAAGUGAUCAAGUCGACCGUGGUAAUUCAGCAAUUCUAUCGUGGUCACCUUGUAACCAAAUCAACAAGAAGGGACUUCUUGCUGACUAGACAGUGUGUGGUUAAAAUUCAGGCUACUUAUAGAGGUUGUGUACAAAGACGAAACUAUGCUACCCUGAAGCAAGCGGCAAUCAGAGUCCAGGCUGCAUACAGGUGCAAGCAACAACGCGAAGCUUAUAAGCUAUUGAAGAGGUCUACAGUGGUUGUUCAGGAGAGGUACAGAGCUAACAUUUUGAGACGUCAAGCCAUGAGAGCUUACUCCAUCAAACGUGGCGCAGCUAUAACAAUUCAGGCUGCGUUUAAAGGUUUCACCGUCAGAUGUAGGUAUAACGAGAUGAAACAGGCAGUAACUACAAUACAAGCUGCUUGCAGAGCAUACAGACAGAGAAGUGCUUUCGUCGCCAUGAAGAAGGCUGCAAUCAUCCUCCAGACACGAUACAGAGCUCGGCUUCUGAUGAAGAAUGCCUGCCGAGAGUACCAAGCACAGCGCCAAGCUGCAGUAACAAUCCAAGCCCUGUAUAGAGCCUAUACUACAAGGCAGUGUUUCAUUGCUAUGAAGACGGCGGCGACAACUAUCCAGGCAUUCUACAGGGGAAUGAGACAGAGAGUUGCAUACCAAGUAACCAGACAAGCAACGGUUGCGGUGCAGAGGCGACACAGAGCACAUCUACUUCAGCUGGAAGCCACUCGGAACUACCACAUCAUGCGUGGAGCAGUCAUCACAAUCCAAGCCUAUCGGCGUGGUAGAGUCUCCAGACAGCUUGCCAAGCAGAUUCGUGCCGCUAGAACCAUCCAAAAGUAUUUCCGCGGAUUCACCAAGAGGAGUGAGUUCCAGUUACUGAAGAAGGCGACGGUGUCAGUUCAAGCGCACGUAAGAGGAAAGUGUGAAAGGGAGAGGUACCUUCAGUUGAAGCAUGCUGCUGUAGUUCUUCAAGAGAGGUACAGGGCAGCCAGAGAAGGCCAGGCAGUCCGCGAAUGGUAUAUCAAGCAACAGUCAUCUGCUGUUAGAAUUCAGUCUGCUUUCAGGGGUUUUGUGGCAAGGAAGUCCUUUCAUAAAAUUCAGCAGGCUGUCGUCACACUUCAAGCAGCUUACAAAGGUUACUGUGCCAUCAAGGAGUACAAGAAAAUCACCCGGGCAACUAAAACUCUUCAGAAGUACUUCAGGGCUGCUGCUGUCGGCAGGCAACAGCGUCAGGAUUUUGAAACGCUCCGUCAAGCAGCCAUCAUAAUUCAGGCCCAGUAUCGUGGUCAGUGCGCCCGCAGACUCACGACUAGGUUGAGAGCUGCUGUCAAAAUCCAAUCCCAAUACAAGAUGGUAAUCCAGCGGCGCAAGUACGUCGCGCUUCAGAAUGCUGCUGACAAAAUUAGAGCUCACUUCAAGGGUCGACAGGUGAGGCAAGACUACCUCUCCAUGAUGCAGGCCACUGAAGUUGUCCAGAUGAGAUAUCGCGCAUUGAGAUUGAUGCAUUCUCAGCGAAUGGAGUACCUCGCUAUACGUGAAGCUGUCAUCGUGAUACAGUCAUUCGCACGCGGUAACCAAGCCAGGGAGAUUGCAAGGAGGAUCCGAGCAGCGGUGAGGAUACAGUCAGCCUACAGGGGUUACAUUCAGGAAAGACAAUACCAGAUGGUGAGAAACAGUGCCCUCUUGCUGCAAGCUCACGCAAGGGGGAUGAUCACACGGCGAGAGUGCACCGUGAGGAGGAGGAACUGGCAAGCUGCAGUGUGUAUCCAAAGCCACUACAGAGGAUUUGUAAUGCGAAGAAAUAUUGAGGCCAAGAGACAAAUCCGACAAGGCCAGCUUGAGAAGUUCUCCUCUGUUGUCGUUUAUCAUCUGUCAGCAAUCCGCCUCCAGCGAGUCUAUCGGAUGUACAAGAUGAGACAAGCCGCUAAAGAGAAAAUGAAUUCCAUUUUUACAAUACAGAUGUGGAUGCGAGCCAAACUGCAACGUCUUCAGUUCCUAAAGCUCAGACGUGGAGUGAUUUCGCUGCAGCGCCGUGUUCGACAGCACCAGGCUUACAGGAACGCUGCGGCAGUACGAGUCCAGACUCAGGCUAGAGUAUGGCUUGCCAGGCAGUACAUCAAGAAGAUGAAAGCUGCUGCUCUAAUAAUACAGGCUGUUUGGCGCGGCCAUCAUGUACGCCGCAGCACUAAAGAUAAGAAGAUCGCCGCUGUCCGUGCCAGGUGCAUGAAAGCCAACAGUGCAGCCACGGAGGAAAAGAAACUGUGCAAUAGAAUGACGUCUGCUCUGGACUACCUGCUUCAAUACAGACAGGUGUCCUGGCUGCUGGAGGCUCUAAUCAGCUUAGAAAUUGCCACGCGACUGUCUGCAACAUGUUGUGAGCGUUUAGUGGAAGGCCAAGGUGUUCCCGUCAUCUUCACCCUGAUCAAGAACUGCAAUCGUAGUCUACCGUCAAAGCAGAUCAUCAAGUACUGCGUCGACAUCCUCCUCAACUUGACCAAGUACGCUCCGACUGCUGACGCUGUCUUUGAGACACCGGACUCCAUCAGCACCAUGCUAGACCUGAUGCAGAUGUACAGAGAGAAAGGCACCCAGAUCUUCUCCAAAGUGUGCAUGCUGAUGGGCACACUGUGUCAGGAUGCCAGACGAGCCAAGAUUGUCCUGUCAGCGCCCAAGAGUACAGAGAGACUGAGCGGCAUCAACCGCCUCACGGAGCGCAAGUUCAGCAUGGACUCCAAGCGCGCAUUCGCCAAGUCCAAGGGCCUCAACACGUCCACCAUGUCCUGCAGCUUCCUGAAUACCAGCGCCCUCAAUGUUAGCGGGAUGCCAACACCACGGAAGGUGCGCAGAGUGCAGCCGGACUGGGUGUUGGGGCGGGGCAAGAUGAGGGAGAUCACGGACCCGCUGGCGGCAUGUCACUUUGUCAUGCACGUCUUGCAGUUGAAGUGAAGUCAAAUGAAUUUAAUCCAAAAUUAUUGAAGAUUUUUGUGGAGUGAUUGUACAAUUUCAAAACAAAAUUCACUGGGAGGAAUUCUUGAUCAUUCUAGUGUAUAUAUAAGCUUAUUAAAUGUAAAUAGUGUAUAGGAGUCAUCUGAUCAUAAUUUCUGUUGACCAAAGGGACGUCGCUGUACAAGCUGCUGACCUUUGACCUCUUGUAGCACUGUAUGCCACGCUCGCCAUAUUGGGAUUCAAGUUGUAUGUGAAAUAUCAUAAGUGUGUAAACGCCAUGUCGCCUAAAAUGCAAAAUAUACUGUAUGUAACACAUAUGGCAGUUGACUCCCAAAAUGGCACAACCAAGAUUAUUGUGAUCAUGUUAGUUAGGUGACUGGCAGACUUUGGAACACUAGGUGGCAGCAGACUUACCAGGUAAAUUCCCAUUGUUUUCGUAGUUCUGAGCAAGCGCACAUUACUGAGAAUAAAAUAUUUACCUCUUAUUAAGUUUGUUGCCAUCUAGCGUACCAAUAGUCUCCCAUUGGGUUAAUAUGGUAUAAAUGCAACCACUUUUAAUGGCCUUUCGUUUUUUACCCUAGCAGAGUCUUUCUCAAAGGCUGUUUAUGCGCCGUUAAUGUAAAGAAUGUUGACAUGUUUUGAAGAGAUUAUUUAUGCAUUACCUGAAAUUUUGUGAGUAAUUUUUUAAUUUUAUACAUUUUACUGUUUAUAGAUGAUCCUUAAGGCAAUGUUAUGUAUUACAGGUUGUUAAAGCUGGGGCUACUCUAUGUUUGACUUUAACCGAUACGACGAAGUUGCAAUACAUGACUUGAAUUUGGGGUCAAUUCUACAAAAUCGCAGGGCUCAAAGCUGAAAAUGUUUACUAGAGACUUAUUAUAGUCUUAAUGAGUUAGCGCUUUCUACAAAGUUAACAUAAUAUAAACUGUUUUAUUUGAACAAACACGCUGUAAGAUUUAUCUUAGCCAAGACUUAAACAUCAGAAAGGUAAUAUUAUUAAAUUGGAAAGGUUUUAGGUUCUGAGUUUACUGGCCCAAAGGUAAAAUCACUGACCUAUGACCUGCGGUCUCCAAACCCUGACU